CAGCUUCUACAAACUGAGCUGUAACUGACUGACAGCCCUCACCCUGCUUUUCUCUCUCUUUCUCCAUCUGUCUUGUAAACGUUUCCGGUUCUUAAGGGACGUCCGAACUAAACGCAUGCUCCUCUCUUUAGUCACGGCUCUUGAAGUUGAGUUCCAGCCACAAAAAAAGUCAAGGCUAAAAUAGAACUCGAGUGCCUCGGUGGGGUUUGUAAGAGGGUGGGGGAUUUUUUCUUUUCUUUUUUUUCUUUCUUUUUUUGUUGAGAAAUCUCCUCCCCUUUUAAGCAAGAGAAGCAGCAUGUUUGAGGACACUCCAGAGUCUCAUACUGCUUUAGAGAAAGAGGGUAAAUGAACUACCUGAAGAAGCCUGUCCAGCUGCUGGCUGCUCCUCAGUGAUGAGAGAGUGUGUGUGGUGAGUGAGCGAGCGAGCGAGCAGCAGGACUCAGGAGCAGGGCCGGCACCCGGGCACAGACUUCCUACUCUCUAACACACACUAGCUCUAAAGGAUUGGUCAGACACACACAUACACACGCAGCCAUGUUGCAGCAGAUCCUGAAGGAAAUGUACAUCGAUCCAGAUGUGUUGGAUGCUCUGAACGAGGAGCAGAAGAAGACGUUGUUUCUAAAGAUGCGACAGGAGCAGGUCCGGCGCUGGAAGGAGCGCGAGGAGAAGCUGGAGCGUGAGGAACCACGCAAACCCAAACCCAGGCCAGCGCACAGUAAGAGUGUGAGUUGGCUGUUGGGCUGCGACGGUGACGUGCAAGUCAUUGUCAUCGGAGAGAUGGACGAGUUCAAGUCCUCCAAGAUCCUCCGCUCGGGGUUUGGCGAGAGAAAAGCUGCUAGUCUUCGGAACUAUUCCCACGGCCAGGAAUCAAGUUUGAAGAGUAACCUUGUAAACCGACCGUCCACUGAACCAGUGCGAUCAGGCAGAGAGAAUCUCCCACCCAAAGCACUGUCCGGAGUGCAGCUUAAUUUCCGGGAGAACAGUGAAGAAGUGAGGACGCUACCCCCUCCACAGGUAGCAGCAUGUGAACCGACGCCUGCCUCUCCUGAUGAGAGUGUUAAAGAGACAGAAGAGGAAGAUGACUCAGAUGACCCUGUGGAUGACACAAUUGCUCUGUCCUCCAUUUGCUACCGACCCCACCUGAUGUCAGCCAGCGUCCUGCACAGCCUCACACCCCAGGACACACAGCAGGAGACCACGCCGCUGUCAAUCACAAGCAGGAUACACUCAGUCGAAGCGAGCGAGCCUCAUAUUAGCAGAGGGAAAGAUUUCCGUGUGAUGUCUGCCUCCAAGCGCACCGAAUUUGGAGUGGGCGGGGAAAACCGCACGGGGCGUGGCCGCGUAGCUGAGCUGAUGAAGACCUUCAGCGUGUCUAGUGACUCCACCGGCUCGCAACCGAUACCAAGAUCCAACAAACCGCCCAUCCCGAAUAAACCCGGCUACUUGCAGCAUCUCCCUUCACAUUCGUUCAGGUAAUCAGCGGAGAUGACAGGACGCUCAGACCGCCUCUCUCAGGAACACUGCUCUAAUUGCACAAGCAGCGCGGCAGGACGAGGGGUUCUAGCAAUUUUCCAAUUACAGUUUUUUACAUUUUGUAUAAUCGUGCUCUCAGGAAGAGGAAGAGGCAUGAAAUGCAAAACUGUGCAAACUUCCUACACUUUUCGAACAGACUGUUACGUAUAAGGCUUUUGACGACCCGUACUCCAGAUUCCGUUCUUAUCCAGAAAUCGGCAUCUACAUUACAUUCAAUACACAAACCGUGCAACCUUGAAGGGGGAAUUCCGCAGUAAGAUAAUUUUUCCCACAGUUGAAGCAAUUGGCAAUCUGUGUUAUGAUGAGAGAAAAUGCAGCCCUCUCUGCAUGAGCUGCUUUGUGAUUUUCCACGUUUUUGAAAUGGAACAGCCAGCGGGACUAAUGAGAUGAUGCGUGUUGACGGGUUUAUUGAGCAAAAACCGGCAACGUUUCCUGUCUCAAAGCAUGUUACAUUUCCACAAUGCUUUUUCUCCCAUCAUUACUGACAAAUUACUUCAAUUACUUCAGUUUUUCGACAGAACCCCUCUGUAAAGACAUGUUGUUUACGUCAGCUUUGUGGCGUAUGAAACUUUUUAUUUUUAUUUUUUCAGAAGAUCUAUCUAGAGUUCCUCCCUACUAACACAUCUACCCAGCCAUAAACAUCAACAGUACAUCGAGGAAUACUAAUUACACGGUUUACAACAAACAACAACAGAGCAAUUACACUCUUUUUCCGCUUAUUGGCUAUUAACUCCUGCAUUCAGAAGCCGAGGAGAGGACGGCACGUCCUCUCGGCUUUAUAGCAAAUGAAGUGGGAACACACAGCAUUGCUGUUCUUCAGUUACAGAGUGUACCUUCAAGAGGCCGUGCAUGUGCUGAUUCACCAGUACAGAGAGCUAUUUCUUCAGUUUAGGCACAUCGGGAAAAUAAGUCAUUUCGCAGCAGUCAGCACUACUCACCUGACGAGCGUGUGUACUGCCUCAGACGGAUCAUGACGAGCCGAGCCAUCAGUAUGGGUUGAGCAAUGGCUUCCACGUUCAUUAACGCUGACGAGACCCUUCCUUCCUGUGCUCUAGCGCACGCCUAAGAGGGUUGAUCAAGCACUUCUGGGAGCUGUGGCCUCGGAUUGCACUUUUAAAUAAAGGUUCUUAAAAGGUUCUUGAUGCUGUUCUGGGAUUUCUGAAUGAAAUGGGCACUUAUCAGGCCGGGUCAUGUCAAGAUGGUACCGUAAAUAAAACUCAGCAAGAAACAACACUGCAGAUUCAAAUCCCAGCCAUGGUGCACCAAAGAUCUAUAGAAUCCUUUUUGCAGACCUUUUUGUAUAGGUUUAUUUAAAGAAAUUAUAAGGGAGAGCUGGCCGAAGUGUAAAAUGAUUUCAGUUAUUCAGCGAUGCUUUCAGUUACAGCUUUCAUACUUCACACAUAACAACGCAUCGAGCAUGUUUACUUAGUUUAUUACGUCCGAUAUAUAUUAAAAAGAGGCACAAUUGUGACAUUGCGUGGGUCAGUUGCUGAAACACACACCAGGAAAAAUCGACUUUAUACCAUCGCAUAUUCUGCAGAUCUGCAUUUCUUAUCAGCCCCACACGUCCUAACCACUAUCACCUGUGUACCCUCCACCCUCUUAUAAGUUAUAAUUUGUAUGCACCUUAUUGUCCAGCUUUUGCUAUUGUUGCAUUUGUUUCAUUAUUUUGUCGUCUGUUUGCAUCAUCUAUCAAUAAGUCUGCACUUGCAUCCACCGCUGGUUGUCACCACCCGUUGGGGACGGCGUGAUACAGUGUGGACAGUAUUAAGUCAUUACAAUUGAUGUCCAUUACGCAGAGAUGUGCAAGCAGAACGAUCACCCGUUUAAAAGCAUUUAAAGACGUAUUGCAGUUGAUUGAUGAUAGGCUCAAGAAGACAUUAUCUGUAGUAGUAUGCUAUGACGGUACAAGGGUUCUUUCAUUUGACGUCUUUCCGCGCUCAUCAACCGCAGUGGGAUCAGCGUGGUACUAUAUACCGUAACCUUCUGCAAAUCCUUUAACGUAAAGAGUGUGAGAGCUGUAUUCUUCUCUGCCUGACCCUCUUUUGUUCUACAGUCUCGUCAACGUUCACUUCUCCCCACAUAUGGCAAGCCAAACCCCCCCCCCCCCCCCUUUUUUUUCUUCCUAGCUUUUAUAACCUAAUUAUUCGCCAUUCAGAUGUCAGCCAUCUUUGAUAUGUUCCCCCCACCGUUACUAGUUUACUGUGGGAGUAUAAUAUUUGAUUGCACUUGUUUUUCUGCUGUGUUACGUUUGCACCAUUGAGAGGGUUGUUGUUUAUUGUUUCUCUGUAUGGAUUGAUGACUUGAGUGAUUUUAUGUGAGGAUGAGUGUUAGAUAUUGUCUCUGUGAGCAAUGCUCACA